ACCUGCUGCAAACAUACCCAGUCUCCAGGGCUAUGUUUAAGAAGGCUCAGAGUGAUAUCACUCAUUCUUUAGAAGAACGUCAGUUAUAGAGAUGCUUUAUGUUGUUUAAGAUGCAUAGAGCCUACCAGUCAAUUUUACCAUGUGGCAACAAAUAUCUUCAGCAAAAAUGGGACAAAGCAAACUAUGAAGAACACAAGAAAAGGAUCCAGACUGCCAAACCUGUAGUGGACACCACUACUCCUCUAACAUAUGGCCAUCUUCACUUGAAGUUAAAGAAGUUAAAGCUUGAGAAGGAACGGCUUUCAGUCAUCGAAAGAGACAAUCAUUUGCUGCUGGAGAAGAUGUCCUCCAUCAUGAGGACGAAAGGGCGAAUUGAUAACAAAAAUUACUAUCAGGCCAAAAGGUAA